CCACUGGGCUACCGUAUUUAUUUAUGUAGCUAGCUACUUAUUUAGCAAGCUAAAAACACAGAGCCUAACAUUAGCUAGUUAGCUUCUGGGAGGAUGUCAUGUCAUUGGCGGAGUGGUAGAUGCAAAAUGGCGGCCACGGGAGAGGAGGCUGCUGAGAUGGACUGCAUCUCAAGAGUUUCCUUGGCCCAUCCCACCGUCCUCAGCCUGGGAGGGAGCUCAGAACCCCGGGGAGAGCCUGGCGAGACUGCCUCUGAGGGCCAGGAGGUUGUGACUGCGGCGCCCAAGAAGCCCAUCAACAGCAGUGACGGUGGGGUGGAGACUGCAGAGGAGGCUGUAGAGCCAGCAGAGCCAGACAUCAAUGAACUCUGUACAGACAUGUUCGAUAAGAUGGCCGUCUUCCUACAAGGAGAACUCACUGGCACCUGUGAGGACUACCAUCUACUGGAGAACAUGAACAAGCUGACAAGUCUGAAGUACAUGGAGAUGAAAGACAUCAGCAUCAACAUCAGCAGGAACCUGCAGGACCUCAACCAUAAGUACGCCAGCCUGCAGCCCUACUUAGACCAGAUAAAUCAAAUAGAGGAACAAGUGUCUUCUCUGGAGCAGGCUGCUUACAAACUGGACACCUACUCCAAGAAGCUGGGUAACACACACACACGGCUGUGGAGAGACAGGCCGUAUCGUCAUAUUGCAGAGGCCAAGUUCAAAAAACUGGAGAAGCGAUGAGGAUUAUGGAAGGAGGAAGAGGGGUUACUGGUCCUCCUUCACCCAAGCUGUAAACCAAACCUAACAUAUACGAUCUGAGGAAGCAGACCCACACCUCUACAUCAGCCUGAUAUAGAGAGGAAUGGGGCAGACUGGGGUUGGUCGGAGGAAUAUCCCAGAUGUUACACCUAGCAUUAUAAUUUUGGUUGGAUCAUUUAAGUUGCAUCUUAAUACCAGGUGUAGAUGGCGCUUUGGGUAGUUUGUGUCCAUAUUCCUGUUAACAUUCCAGGUCACUCUGUCAGUCCUGUCAAAAUUGCUAUUCACUUCCUGGAUUUACUGAGUUUAUCCUGAAUUGUUCCCUGCUGGGUGCACACUACUGUAGAAUCACCACCCUCCUAACCUAGAAGUUAGUUACACAGAUGGCAACCAAAUUCACUUUGACUGAAGGACAUUAGCUUCUUUAAAUGUUUUCCUGUGCUGCUGGCAUCACUGAAUUACUGAAUGAACAUGACAAAAUUACCUUUGUUUUGUGUGAAUACUACUGUCUCUUAAGAUCGUCAUACAUGUGAUUGUAGCUUGUGUAAAAUGUAUCAUUUAAAAACAUUAAAUGUAUUUUCAGUUCAAAGUUA